AUGCUGGGUAACUUCAUAGCUGCUGUGCCCUCUCACCGCUGUGACCUCAGCACUCUGGAUGAGGAGGGUGUCUUUGGGAAUCUGACCCAGGAGCAGAGACUGACUGUCACUAUUCCAGUACAGGAAGAUGGGACUCCAAGCUCCUGCAAGAUGUUCCCAGAACCCCAGUUCAACCUCCUGUCCAACUCCAAUGACAGUGACCUAGCUACAGUCCCCUGGCUAAAUAAGGCGACGGCCACCAUCUUCUUCUUGGGAGUGAUGUUCGGAGCAAUGACCUUUGGUAGUCUGAGUGACAGUUUUGGUAGGAAGACCAUGCUCCUGGUGUCCUAUAUCUCUGGCAUGCAGUUUGGUGUUGCCAGUGCUUUCUCCACCUCCUUCAUAAUGCUUGCUGUGCUCAGGUUCUUCACUGGGUUCGGCAUCACUGGCAUCGUCAUCAUCUCAUCAGUACUCAGUGUGGAGUGGGUGGACAUUGAGCACAGAAAAUUAGUGGGAGUGAUUGACAGCCUGUCCUGGACGUUUGGUAACUCCAUGAUUCCAGCCAUAGCCUAUUGUGUGAACGACUGGAGACAGCUGACCAUAGUGGUCACCUCACCUCUCGUCCUGGCCAUACUCACAUGGAGGUGGAUUCCUGAGUCAGCCAGGUGGCUCAUAGCCAAUGGGAAGUUUGAGAAAGCAAACUUUUAUUUGCAACAAUGUGCCCAGAUUAACCAGAAGCAAGAGUUUGCAUCCGAAAUUACACCAGAGACGCUGUCCAGUAUCAUUGUGACAGAGAGAAAAGACAGAACCUACUCCUACCUGGACUUGGUCAGAACCCCAAAGAUGAGGAGACUGGCUCUACUCACAGGCAUAGUGUGGUAUGGUGUGGCUUCAACAUAUUAUGGCAUUAGCUUCAACAUCACUGGAUUUGGGCUCAACAUAUAUCUAACCCAGUUUGUGUAUGGUGCCAUAGAACUCCCAGUCACACUAUCAGUGUACUUAAUACCUUCUGGAUAAGGUGGGUAGGAGAAACACAGAAGUAGGAUCUCUGCUAGGAGCUGGAAUCUGUCUCGCUAUUAAUAUUUUCCUACCCAGAGGUGAGUGCUUUUUUUU